AGAACAAUUAAAUCGUAUUUGACUAUUUUGCCUAAAGAAAAAAAAGAGGGAGGGGAAAGUUCUGGCAGUGACAUUUAGGUGCACCUAAAAUUAGGCAUGAAAUAUUGAAAUCUUGCUCCUCGACUACGUAGAGGUCUGCACCGAACAUUUAGCGCACACUUCCUACUUUUUUUUCUUUUUUGUAAUACCACCAUUCAUCACCUUUACUUGGACUGCAAUCUAUUGUACCUCUUACUCCCCGUCUUAUGGACAAGAUAAAAUUUUCGUCAAAUUGUAAGCACUAGUGUUAAAGAUCUAAAACCUAAGUUUCGUAUCAAACACGCUAUAUAUGUUUGUUCACUCAAAAAAUGGUUAUACUUCUCUCCCCUUCCUUCCACAGUCAACCCUGUUAACGUCUUCAUUUGACUUUGUCUAAAUUCUAAUACACUCCAAAAACCAUUUACAGUAAUUUCUCUUACAACUUGUAUAUUCCAAAAACCAUUUGUAUAUUCUCAUACAACUUGUAAUUAUGCAUUUAUAGUAACUGUUGCAAAAUCCUCACCGAUCACAGCUCACUUUUCUCUCCCUCUUCUCACCAUGGGCAUCACUGAUCAAAAGAGCAAGAAAGAAGAAGAACACUUACUCAUCUCAAAGCCCGUGAGGUUGAUUCUCUUACAUAAUGGGAGUCAUGUCUUACGCUCACUCUUCUUUAUCAUCGGUUUCUCUAUUGGUCUCUUCCUUUGUCUACAACUAAAAGCCUUCCACAUGUCCGCGCCGAAGACACACCAAACCUUAUGGUCCACAUUACUAUUCAACCACUCAACAACGAUGGAGAUCAAACGAGAGUCACAAACACGACUACUUCAACACAACAUGACUGAUCAAGAACUCUUCUCCAAGAUCUCGUCAUUAUCAUCACCAUCAUCAUCAUCCUCAUCAUCAUGGUUUUGGAGGAGACAUAACAAUGAUGAGAAGAUUGUUGUGAAAGUGGCUUUCAUGUUUUUAACAGGUGGCGGACUCCCACUGGCUGAUUUGUGGGAUAAGUUUUUUGAAGGACAUGAAGGGUUUUAUUCAAUAUAUGUUCAUACUAAUCCAUCUUUUCAAGAACAUUACCCUGAAACAUCCGUCUUCUACUCAAGAAGAAUCCCAAGCCAGGCAGUGUAUUGGGGAACAUCAACAAUGGUAGACGCAGAGAGAAGACUCCUAGCCAACGCUCUCCUCGACGAAUCAAACCAAAGAUUCGUCCUCUUGUCCGAUUCUUGCAUCCCACUCUUCAACUUCACAACCAUCUACGAUUACUUAACCGGCACUAAUCUCAGCUACAUCGGCUCAUUCGACGAUCCAAGAACUCCCGGUCGAGGCCGUUACAACCCCAAAAUGUAUCCACAAAUCAAUAUCACACAUUGGCGAAAAGGAUCACAAUGGUUUGAAACAACCCGUGAGCUUGCUCUUCAUAUAAUCGAAGACACGGUUUAUUACAAGAUAUUCGAUCAGUAUUGUAAACCGCCUUGUUACAUGGACGAGCAUUAUAUCCCGACAUUCGUUCACAUGUUGCAUGGAGAGAUGAGCGCGAACCGGAGCUUGACUUGGGUUGAUUGGUCCAGAGCCGGUCCACAUCCUGCCCGGUUCAUUUGGCCUGAUGUGACCGACGAGUUUCUUAACCGUAUCCGGUUUACAGAUAAGUGUCCGUAUUAUGGUAAGGAUAGUGAGAAUAUUACAAGUUCGAAAUGUGUCUUAUUUGCGAGAAAAUUCACCAAAGAGACUUUAGAACCCUUGUUGAGAAUCUCUCCUUUAGUUCUUGGGUUUGGUCCCUAAUUACUUUAGUGUUUCGUAAAAAUGGAAUUUUACUA